AAAAAGAAGAAGGUUGUCAUGUGGUCCAUACUCCUUGGUAAGGCUUGUCAACCGCCAAUAUAAUAAAGAAGAAGAAGGGGGAAGAGGAGGAGGAGGAAAACGAGCCUGUGGCGGCUUGUUUUUUGGUAGUAGGUGGUCGGUUCUAUGUGAUGGCCUGAUGGACGGAGUGUGUGACCGGUACCAGAGGGUGUGUUUGUCAGAGACUCAGCUGGACUUCCCAGGCCAGCCGUACUCUGUGUCCGUCCUUAAAGUCGGGUACUGCAUCCCUCAUACUGAUGGGACGUUUAAAGCCGACGGGACUAUCACCCUUAUAGAAGGGAUCAGGAACAUUCUGGUGGACACUGGAGGGCCGUGGGACCGGGAAUUCCUCCUUCAGUCGUUAAAGCAAAGAGGUCUGGAACCCAGGGAUAUAACCCUGGUUGUGGGGACUCACGGACAUUCAGAUCACAUUGGAAACCUGAACCUUUUCCCCUCUGCAUUGACUAUAGUGGGAUAUGAUGUCAGUGAAGGGGACGUUUACCUUUCCAACCAGCUGGCGGAAGGACAGGCCUACGCUGUUGAUGAGCACGUGUCUGUAGUUCCCACCCCAGGCCACACAGGACAAGACAUCAGCGUCCAGGUCAAGGGGACAUCAGUUGGGACCAUGCUUGUUGCCGGGGACUUAUUUGAGUGCUGGUCUGAUGAGAACAGCUGGAAGGAUUUGAGUAUGAACACUGCAGUGCAGGAGGUCAGUCGACAGAAGGCCCUGAAUACUGCGGAUGUCAUCAUACCAGGACACGGACUUCCUUUUAGAGUCCUUAGGAGCUGAUAACAUUGAGAUAUCGGACUGACGUUGGUUUUAUUCAUAACUUAUCAAAAUGACUUUUAUUAUGAUCUCACUGUCUGAGCUUUAUUGUUGUUAAUUCAGGUAAAGUUCACACUGAACUACUACUGGAUAACACAUGUUUAACCACAAUGAGUGAUCCAUCUACUUUUUGUUUAAGGUUAUUUUAAGUGUAAGAUUUUUAGACUUUGAUAUUUCAAAUAUUUUCAUUGAAGUCAAGUUUAUUUAUAAUUCUUUAUAUCUGCUGCCUGAAAAUAAAACAUUAUUUCCAUCAGCCAUUUAUAGGGUUACCAGAAUUCAAUAAACCUGUACAGUUGUCAUUGUACACAAAUCUUGGAUGAGUAAAAAAUGCUUAUUGCUUUAAAUGUGAAUGUCCUGCUCCAAAAAGUUUAGCUUUUUCUCUAGUACCACUAUGUUUUUUUCUGGGUCAAUAAAAUUCAGGGUGUGAUUUCA